GUCGAUUUCCAAGGCUUCGUUGACGUGAUGGUUGGAAAUGUAGCGCGGGUAAAGGAGAAGGUGGUGAUUGUGAGUUGGCAUGGGAAUUAUGAUGGAAUGCGCUGCCGUGUGAACUGAGUCGCGCUGCAGAGCAACAACAGGCAGGGGUUGACAAGAUGGGAGCUCAAAAGCCCUAUCUUGAUGGUGAUUCCCACGUUCCUGUCUUACAUCUCUACCUCUCCCCCGCUCUGCCUGUUCAACCCUAUCUCGGCUCAAAAACAGCAUAGGUAUUGGAUCUGCCAAAAUGAGAACUGCCGCUGCCUCCCUCGCAACCCUCGCCCUGGCGGUUCCCGCACUGGCUGCUACCAUUCAAGGUGGUCCUACCAGGAAGCCCUAUGUCUGCUCCGACGCCCUGCAGUACCAAAUCACCGAGAAGGACAUCCGCGCCGGUGCUCAGAAGCUUCAGGACAUUGCCAAUGCCAACAACGGCACUCGUGUCUUUGGCAGCACCGGUCACAACGCCACCGUCGACUUCCUCUACAACACCCUCAAGGACACCGGUUACUAUGACGUCUACAAGCAGCCCUUUGUCGAGACUUACUCGGCUGGUACCGGUUCCUUGAGUGUUAACGGCAAGGCCCUCGAUGUCCGGAUCAUGACCUAUACACCUGCUGGAUCUGCCACUGGGCCUAUCGUCUAUGCCGAGGGCCUUGGUUGCUCGGCCGCCGAGUACCCUGCUGAGGCUUCCGGAAACAUCGUUCUCGUCUCCCGUGGUAACUGCACUUUCGGCCAGAAAGCCCUGAGCGCCAAGGAGGCUGGCGCCGUCGGCCUGGUCAUCUACAACAACGUUGACGGCUCUCUUUCGGGCACCCUCGGCGAGGCCUUCAAGGACUAUGCGCCCGUUGUUGGUCUCAGCAAGGAGGAUGGCGAGGCUCUCAUUGCCUCCAUCAAGGGCGGUGAGGAGAUCAAGGCCGAGUUCAAAGUGGACGCCGUCACCGAGCACCGUGUCAGCUUCAACGUCAUUGCCGAGACAAAGGGGGGUGACCACAACAACGUCCUCAUUGUUGGUGGCCAUUCUGACUCCGUUGCGGCAGGCCCAGGUAUCAACGAUGACGGUUCCGGUGUUAUUGGUAUCUUGACCGUCGCGAAGGCCCUUGCCAAAUUCCAGGUCAAGAACGCCGUCCGCUUUGGCUUCUGGUCUGCUGAGGAGUUUGGCCUGCUCGGCUCCGAAUACUAUGUCAAGUCUCUCAACGGUUCCAAGACUGAGCUCGCCAAGAUCCGUGCUUACCUCAACUUCGAUAUGAUUGCCAGCCCCAACUACAUCUACGGCAUCUAUGACGGCGACGGUAGCGCCUUCAACCUGACCGGUCCCCAGGGUUCCGACGUCAUCGAGAAGGACUUUGAGCAGUUCUUCUCCAAGAACAAGGUCGCCUCUGUUCCCUCCGAGUUCAACGGUCGCUCCGACUAUGCCGCCUUCAUCGAGAACGGCAUUCCCUCGGGUGGCAUCUUCACCGGUGCCGAGGGCAUCAAGACCGAGGCGGAAGCUGCGGCCGUUGGUGGCACAGCGGGCAUUGCGUACGAUGUCAACUACCACCAGGCCGGCGACACCAUCGACAACAUCGCCUGGGAUGCCUUCCUUCUCAACACCAGGGCCAUCGCCAACAGCGUGGCCAAGUAUGCCCGCUCGUUCAAGUCGCUUCCCGCCAUCAACCUUAUGCAGCGCCGCUGGGAUGGUGAUGUUGCCCAGACCCUUAAGCGCAACAAGAAGCGCGCAAACGGGGCUCAUGUCCACUCUCACUCUGGACCUUGCGGCGGUGGGGAGGAGAUCUAAAUACCCUCGUGGUCGAAGGGUCGGUGUGGGUUUGUUGGCAAUAUGGUCAUGACGAUGAUAAUGAUUUGCAUGUUGGAAUGUAUAACGACACAUGAUGAGAUAUGAUAUCCCUUGAUGGACAUGGCUUAGUACAGUGAAAUGAUCAAAAAGGUCAAAGACAGAAGGGGCAUGAUUGUACCGAGUGCUGUGAUGUCGGCAGAAUUUGAAAGGUGGACAGUUUGAAGUACACAUGGCGCCGCACAUCAGCAGCCUGUGGGCAAGUAAGGUGAAGCUGUGCCGCACCCGUGCCAGGGCACUGGACCCGGCAAGCACUUUGGUGAAGUGGGGUAGACUGUUUACCUGGAGGUAUUUGUCCAUAUGGGAUGGCGAUCUUCUGCUUAGAGGCACCUGAUGAAACCUCAUCGUCGGAACUCGGGGAAUUGGCAAAAAGCUGAACACGUAAAAAGCCUGGAAAUCAGACAGGGCCUUGGUAAAUCUAGCGCUCGAGUCCGAGCCUAUGCUUUGAAACACAGACAAGAUUUGCUGAGUAGUGUUGUAUACACAGUAGUGUAGCUGUCACUAACUGAGCGAACAUACGUACAGAAGUGGGCUGCUUCCUGUGCUUACCUACUGCCGGGCGUUCAGAGAGAUAGUCUAGAUUUUGCCAAUUCCCCGAGUGUCCUUUUCUUCUUCGGUUCAAGUAGUUUUGCUUUUUCUUUUCAAACCACAUCACUCACAGGUAUGACUCCUUCCUCUUUUA